AUAACGAGGGGUACGCAGCGUCCGCCACUGCAGCCCCAGCUGAAGGCUACUAUAGCCAAAGUAGCCAGAGUUACUAUCACCCAGAGCAAGGCCCUGCAGCAGCAUCAGCCGCCUAUGCAAUGCAUACCCGGACCCAAGCGCAUAUGCAUACCCUGAUGCAAGCGCACAUGCACACCCACACGCACAUGGGUACGGUUACGGGUACGACAGUGGCACAGGAGCAGCAGUGGAAGGCCAAGCAGUGAACCUAGCAGGACAAGGAGCCGCCAUGGGGGACUAUGGCGCAGCAGCGCUGGUAGCAGGGGCGAUGGAGGUGGCAGCAGCAGCUGCUAAUGUGGUGGAGGUGAAGCAGGCCGACCUGACCAAGGGCAGGGUGCGCCCGGACCAGAUGCGCUCCACUGGCAUUGCCUUCGGACCCACCUAUGCUCCGGUGUCGGCUGCGGGCAACAAGCCGUCCAAGGUGCAUCGGCGCAAGCACCAGAUCGGGUCGUUGUACUUCGACAUGCGGCAGAAGGAGACGGAGCUCACAGAGCGACGCGCCAAGGGCAUGCUCAGCAAGGCAGAGACCCACGCCAAGUACGGCUGGUGACGACAUACUUGCCGCUAACACAUGCAUGCAGGAGGCGAGCACAUGCAGGCAUCGGGCAUGCUGUCACCUUGCUGCCAACAUGUGACAAACUCAUGGCUUCUGAUCGCCGCCCCUCUGCUGGCUGGCUGUCCUCAUCCGUCCACGGCUUCUGGUCUCUGCGCUGUUUUGUUUGCUCCAAACAUACCUCCCUGCUGGCCUGUUAGAUGCAUUGUUGUGAGUUGCACAUACCAAAUUCCCGAGUAAAGCUUGAGCUAACCACCACCACCAUGCAUGCAAGAAACACUACGCAGCAGAUACCGUAAGGCAACUGCCUGAAUGUCUCGUACAUUAAUUUUCCGACUAGAUACC